UUACAAGCUUGAAAAUCGGUUUUAUAAUCGCCAAUGCAUCGUCUAAAAAGUGGUUUUAUACGUUGUAUUGUUAAAUAAUGGGCUCACUCUAUUCUAAAACUGGCUCAAAUGUUGGACUCAAUAAAAAGGAGGACAAUCUUAUAAAUAAGACUCAGAAAUAUCUAAGGACUAAUGGACUGGAUUGGUCAUUCUACAAAGACCAAGUCAAUAAAUGGAAGAAGUUAGAGCUAAACAUUGCCUUAGCCGGAUCAAAUCAAUCGGAAAAAGCCUCUUUCAUAAAGUCUAUCAUUGGACCUAAAGCUCAUAAAGAUGGCAAUGAGAAACCAUUUGCUUAUUCUUAUCGUAAAAGUGAAAACAUCAAGCUAUGGGAUCUACCUGGCUUUGGAACACCUGAAGCACCUGAAGAUCCAAAUAUUGAAACCUACUGCGAAAACAUUGGUGGUCUAGAGAAGUAUGACACUUUUUUUAUUUUUUGCACACCAAACUUUACAAAUUGUGAGAGAAAACUAGUUGAUGAUUUAAAAAAAUCAAGCAAGCCUUUCGAUUUCAUUUGCACCUACAAUGAUGCUGAUGUCCAGAAUGCCAAAAAAGAUGAAGAUGAACGUCAUGAUGAAGAAUCUGACAUUGAAUUAACAGUAAGAAAAUACUUCUUGAAAAAGUUGAAAAAUGUAAUGACGGAUAAGACAGAUUUGCAUCUGAUCGACACGAAAGAAAAAAAUGACUUUCGUCGUGAGCAUGAUGAUGUUUUCAAAAAGUUUCUGGAACGUCGGCAAAAGUUAUUUCUACAUUAUUUUAAUGACGAAUUUCACAAAAAUAGCAGAUACAGUAAAGUAAAUGCAACUAAAAAUGAAGGUGAUCCAGAUGAGAUUUACGAAGAUUUAAUUCAGUCAUGGAAAAACGUGCAAAUACAUCUAGCAAUAACCGGAAAUUCGGGAACAGGAAAAUCAUCUUUUAUCAACGCCGUGAGAGGAAUUAAAGCUUAUGAAGAAGGUGCAGCAGAAGUUGGUGUUACAGAAAUGACAAGCAAGGUCACUAAGUAUUCACACCCAGAUAAUGACAACAUCGCUUUCUGGGAUCUACCUGGUAUUGGAACACCUACAUAUCCCAAUCUUAAAGAUUACUGUAGAAAAGUUGGUGGUUUAGAGAAGUACGACGCAUUUCUUAUUUUUUGCAAGACAAGAUUCACUAGCCAUGACAAAGAGUUGGCAGAGAAAGUUUCGUCUGAACUCAAAAAGCCUUUCUUCUUUAUUCGCACGAACGUCGAUUACGAUGUCAAGAACGCCAAAGAAGACGAAGGAGAAAAUAUUGAUGAAGAAUCUGUUUUGGAAAGAAUGAGGAAAGAUUGUUUGCAAAACCUGAAAGAUUUGAUCGACGAUAAGAACGAUAUCUACAUGAUUGACAACAAGGCUCAAGACGGAUAUGAUUUCCAGCGUUUGAAAGAAUCAAUCGCCGAGGCCUUACCAGAUGAAAAGAAGAAACAUUUUGCUGAUUCCUUGGCCAUUGUAACUCAUGCUAUCAUAAAAUUACAGGCUAACUUGCUGAGAGAACAAACACUUGUGGUUACAAAAGCACUAUCUUAUGAUCCGGCUACAUCCAAACCUCAGAUGUCUACGAGUGACCUAGAUCUUGCACGUGAGGUGAUCUCAAGAAAACUAAUUCCACGAUUGUACAAUGCAUUAAAUGUUCCUAAAGAAAAAUCUGAUGAAAUCAAGCAACAACUUUUGAUAGACGAAUCCAUCAAAUCUAUGAAAGGAUUGCCACUGGAAGUUAUAUUUUAUGUUCUUACACUGUACAUUGAUCGUCUUGAAGAAUAUGCUUUACAAUAAGUCAAUAGUAGUAACAAUUCACAACCACGCACAAGCUUUUAAAACUUAUGACACACUUUCACUUUCCAAAUUGUUUAAAUGACAGAAACGUCUUAGUUGUGUUUGUUCACUUUUAUAUAAAUUAAUAAAGGGAACUAAUGAAAAA